CGCGCACCAUUUCUUCCCACCCGCUGCUGCUUCCUCGCCUUUCCGAUAAGAAGCUUCGCCGUCUCCUCCUCCUCUUUCCCUUCCUCCGCCGCUCCAUCAAAAAAUCUCCACAAGGCUUAAGCAGAGGGAGGGUGAGGGAUUAGAAACAAACAACCCUUCGGAGAAAAUCACGAGAGGCUUCCCGAGGGCAAAGUCUCCGAUUCAUUCAGGUCCGACUCGAUCGGCGAUCCGACGAAGCUCGAGCAGGUGAGGGAGACGGACUCGGACUCGGAGCACGGAACCGGUAUAUUAGGGAGGCUGAAGAGGGAGCUUGAGAGGGGGUCUAGCCUUAAGCUCGAACGCGGGGUGGUGGUUGUACCAGCAGCAGCAGGGAAUCAUGGACUCGGAGCACUGGAUCUCGAGCCUCGCCGCCGCCAAGCGGUUCUACGCGGCGCAGCUCGGUCACGUCGACGAUAUGGCGGGGAUUGGAAUGGAGGAGGUGGAGAUGGAGAUGGAGGAUGAUGGCGAGGGCAUGGAGCUGGAGCUGGAGAUGCAGCUGGAGGAGGCGACGUGGCCGGACGUGGCCUGCCCCUACUGCUACGAGGACCACGACAUCGCGUCCCUCUGCGCCCACCUCGAGGAGGACCACCCCUACGAGCCCCACACCUCGCCCUGUCCCAUCUGCUUCGAAAAGAUUACAAGAGAUAUGUUAAAUCAUAUCACCAUGCAACAUGGUUACUUGUUCAAGAGUGGUCGCAGGAUGCGCAGAUUCGAUAUUCCCGAGAGCCAGGCACUUUCUUUACUGAGCCGAGAUCUGCGGGAUGCUCAGUUACAGGCACUUCUAGGAGGUGGUCAUCGUCAGCGAAGAAGCAACACUACUGCCACAAACAUUUCUGCUGAUCCUCUGCUUUCUUCGUUUGGCCUGGGCUUCUCAACAUUGGAUUCAGAGGAACGAUCAAAAGCACCAGUUCCUAUUCCUGAUGAUACAUCAAUUCAUAAGGAUACUCCUGCUCAGCCAUGGGAAUCAAGGAUCGACUCAUCGCUCACGAGUGAGGAAAGGGAACAAAAGCGGAAACAAGCCACUGACAGAGCAACCUUUGUGCAAGGCCUGGUGCUCUCCACUUUAUUUGAAGACUGACUGUUCAAGUAGCCCUAGUUUUUCUUGCUAGAUGCAUGUUUCCUCUCGCUGGUUCCCAUAAAAGCGCAAUGUUCCACCUGAUUUGGUGAAUCUGAUUUCGUCAACAGUGAGAUGGAUGUGCUUCUGGUGCCCCGUUGUUCUUUCGCUUCAGUAAAGCGCGAAGUUGAUUUGGGCAUGAUACACACCUUAAUUUAUGUCAGCUGCCCUGUACCAUUGCUUUUUAUGAAUUAACGGGUAGCCACACCUUGACUGUAACUCGUUGUUGUACCUCUCCAUACUGUCUAGGAACAUUGGUUUGUACAAACAUAAAAGCUGUUACAUGUUGUACAAUGCAAAGGCAAAUGCAGAAGCACCGUUUAUAUCGAAUCAA